UUCUAUAAGGAGUGCUUGGCCCAGCAAACAGCAAUGGUAUAGAAAAAAGACUCCAAAAUACCAAACCUCCCUCCCUCCCUCCCUAGACACAGAGAGGGAGACCGACAGAAGGAAAGUCAAUCAGGUGUGAAGUCACCAAGUGCUUCUGCUGACCUACACAUUCUGCGAAAAUGGACAGUUCGAGGUUUGGUUUACUUGUGUUUACAAUCGCAAUUUUGGUAUCACCGGCAUUCUCCGAUCUGGUCCUCUCCAAAGUCGAUAGACGCAUUCAUUUGACGUCACACAUUGUUCGGAUUUCUUCAACUUUAAAGGUGGAGAAUGCAGGUCCUGAGACGGUGUCCGAGGUUUUGCUGGCUUUUCCUGAUCUUCAAGCCAAAAAUAUGGCAUAUUUGAUAGCUACCCCACAUGAAGGGAAAGGGAAAAUCAAAAACUCUGUUGCUGCUCUCCCUGUUCAGGCCACCAACCCAAAAGACAUGCCUCCUGCUUUAACAUUCUAUUCAGUAUCAUUGCCUAAGGGAUUAGCUGAGGGUGAUAGCUUCACUUUCGAUGUCUUGGUUGUAUUUACCCAUGCCUUGCGACUCAUUCCUGAGCAAAUCACUCAGGCUGAUAUUCAGCUUGUAGUAUACCAGGAAAGCGCAUACUAUCUAUCUCCUUAUGCUGUCAAGGUCCAGUCUCUAACUGUUAAAUUGCCUGAUUCUAGAACUGAAUCCUAUACAAAACUGGAGAAUACAAAGAUUCAUGGUUCAGAAAUCAAAUAUGGUCCUUAUGAGAAUCUACCUGCAUUCUCGCACUCACCCAUAGUAGUUCAUUUUGAAAGCAAUCAACCCUUUGCUGUUGCUCUGGAAUUGGUGAGAGAGAUAGAAAUUUCCCAUUGGGGCAAUGUGCAGGUCACCGAGCAUUACAGGCUCAUCCAUGGUGGUACCCAAAGCAAGGGUGAAUUUUCCAGGCUUGAUUUCCAGGCCAGACCAAAUAUUCGAGGCGCAUCAGCCAUUAGGUAUCUUGUUGCAAAUUUGCCACCAAUGGCGCAUUCUGUUUAUUACAGGGAUGAAAUUGGCAAUAUAUCAACAUCUCAUCUGUGGGGUGACUCCAAAAAGUUUACAGAACUAUUGAUUGAACCAAGGUACCCCAUGUUUGGUGGCUGGAGAACUGCUUUUACCAUUGGAUAUGGCUUGCCACUUCAGGACUUUUUGUAUGAAUCAGAGGGGAAACGCUUUCUUAACAUCACUUUUAGUAGCCCGAUGGUUGAGUUGGUUAUUGAUACUCUCAUUGUGAAGGUUGUGUUGCUUGAGGGUUCUAGUGAGACAUAUUUAGCAGCUACAUUUCCAGUGAAGCAGCGGCAAGAGACCAAAAUCUCACACUUGGAUAUUGAUGGUAGACCACUAGUUGUGCUGGAAAAGACUAAUGUUGUGCCGGAGCACAAUCAAUAUUUUCAGGUCUAUUACAAGUUCAACAAACUAUCAAUGCUUAGAGAGCCGCUGAUGUUAAUUUCAGGAUUUUUUUUCCUUUUUGUUGCUUGCAUUGUUUAUAUGCAUGCUGACAUAUCAAUCUCCAAGACUUCUGCUUCUUAUUUGGCUACACAGAAGUUGCAAGAGGUUCAGGCAGCGAUUCAGCAGGUUCAGAAUGUCAUAAGCAAUCAAUGCUUGACAACACACGAUAAGCUGGAAGCAUCACUACGUGAUCUUUCUAGGACGGGGGACAUUCAAACUUGUAAAGCUACUCGAAAAGCAGCUGAUGGUUUGUUAAAAGAGCUGUCAAAAGAAUUGAAACCCUUGCUGACCAUUUUGCAAUCUUCUCCAUCAGCUGCUCAAGUAUUCCCCAAGGUGGAGGAGCUGGUGGCUAAGGAGAGAGAAUUGCAAGAAAAGGUGAUGGUGAAGCACUCUACAGUGGUUGACGGCUAUGAGAAGAAGUCUGGGGCCCGGGAUAUUGAGAAUCGGGUGGCUUUGCAGCGACAGAAACUUAUAGCUUUGAGGCUGGAAGUCGAUGAUCUUCUUGACUUCAUUGAUGAAAUAUAAAGUAGGCAUAAUAGUUUGGUCCAAACUGUAGACUUCAGCUCCCACUUUAAUGGCCUUGCAAUGGUAAUGCUGGGUCAGAAUUUUGUUCAAGGAUUUAUAGAUGAGUUUACCCUUCUUGUUUUGUUUUAUGUUAAUCGUUUUUUUCUUCUUCCUCAAUCUGUAAGGCUUUUUACACACAGUUCUAGAUUGAAUACUUAAUUCUCUGCCCAAAUUACUGAAAUUAAAAAGUCUAGCUAUUUAAGUAC